AUGCCUAACAAGUGUGAGGUAUGUGAUUCGGCUUUCUGCCAGACAGCCUCUUUGCAGUCUCAUAAAAGAAUGCAAAUAGGUGAAAAGCCGUAUAAGUGUGAAAUAUGUGAUGCUUCUUUCUUUCAAAAAGGUCAUUUCCAGAAACAUGUUACACAUCACACAGGUGAGAAGCCAUACAAGUGUGAGACAUGUGAUGCUGCUUUCACCAGAAAUAGUAAUUUACAGACACAUAUUAUAAUACAUACCGGAGAGUGCCCAUACAAGUGUGAUACAUGCGAUGCUGCUUUCUCUACAAAACGAAAAUUACAGACACACAUUAGAAUACACACAGGCGAGAAGCCAUACACGUGUGUGACAUGCGAUGCUACCUUCUCUACAAACAAUAUUUUACAGACUCAUAUUAGAACUCACAAAGGCCAGAAUCUUUACAAGUGUGAGGUAUGUGAUGCUACUUUCUCUCAGAAUGCCUCUUUACAGUCACAUACAAGAAUACACACAGGAGAAAAGCCGCACAAGUGUGAGACAUGUGUUGCUACCUUCUCUCUGAAUAGUAUUUUACAGAGACAUAUAAGAAUACACACAGGAGAGAAGCCAUACAAGUGUGAGACAUGUGAUGCUGCUUUCUCUACAAAACAAAAUUUACAGAGGCACAUAAGUAGACACACAGGCGAGAAACCAUACAAGUGUAAGAUAUGUGAUGCUGCUUUCACCAGAAAAAGUAAUUUACAGGCACAUAUCAGAACACAUACCGGAGAGUGCCCAUACAAGUGUGACACAUGCGAUGCUGCUUUCUCUAAAAAACGGAAUUUACGGUCACAUAUAAGAAUACACACGGGAGAGAAGCCAUACAAGUGUGAGAUAUGUGAUGCUUCUUUCUCUUGGAAAGACUCUUUGCUGUCACAUACAAGAAUACACACAGGAGAAAAGCCGUACAAAUGUGAUACAUGUGGUGCUGCUUUCACCACAAGUAGUAGUUUACAUAACCAUAUAAGAAUACAUACAGGAGAGUGUUCAUACAAGUGUGAGAUAUGUGAUGCUGCUUUCUCUACAAAACAAAAUUUACAGACGCACAUUAGAAGACACACAGGUGAGAAGCCAUACAAGUGUAAGAUAUGUGAUGCUGCUUUCUCUCUGAAAGCAUCUUUACAGUCACAUAUAAGAAUACACACAGGAGAAAGGCCGUUCAAGUGUGAGAUAUGUGAUGCUGCUUUCUCACAAAGAGCAUCUUUACAGACACAUAUAAGAAUACACACAGGAGAAAAGCCGUUCAAGUGUGAGAUAUGUGUUGCUGCUUUCUCUCAUAAUGGGAAUUUAAAGACUCACAUAAGAAUACACACAGGAGAAAAGCUGUUCAAGUGUAAGAUAUGUGAUGCUGCUUUCUCUCAUAAUGGGAAUUUACAAACACAUUUAAGAAUACACACAGGAGAAAAGCCGUUCAAGUGUGAGAUAUGUGAUGCUGCUUUCUUUCAGAAUAAAGAGUAG